AUGGCGUCCACGCUUCACCCGGCCAAGGCUGCCCCUAUGCUAAAGAUUCCCAACGGUGCUUCUGCAAAAGUUUCAAUCAUUGAUACCACUUCCAGGAUUCAGGCACCAGUUGGCCUGUUCAUGCACCCAGCCAUCCCUGGACAUGAGCACCUCAACGCCCCAGCGUUCAGCUUCUUGGUAGAGCAGCAAAAAUCUAGCCGCAAAGUCCUAUUUGAUCUGGGAUUGAGAAAAGAUUGGCAAAGUCACCCUCCAGCUGUUCUGAAGCUCAUCUCGGGGCCUGGCUGGGCAAUGGAGAUUCAAAAGAAUGUGGCCGAGAUUUUACAAGAAAAUGGGGUUGAUGUCGCAGGCGGCUCGAUCGAGGCGGUCAUCUGGAGCCACUGGCAUUUCGACCACACUGGCGACGUUUCCACCUUCCCUUACAGCACCAAGUUAAUCGCAGGGGCGGGAGUAAAGGAUGCUUUUCUUCCGGCUUACCCUAAUAAUAGCGAGUCGUCUCUUCUUGAGAGCGAUUUUGCGGGUCGGGAGUACGAAGAAAUCGACUUCGACAAGAGGCCUACACUUGAAAUCGGCAACUACAGAGGUAUCGACUAUUUCGGAGAUGGGUCCUUCUACGUCCUUGAUGCACCUGGCCAUGCUAUUGGGCACGUAGUUGGUCUCGCCCGUGUGACAUCAACUCAAGAUGGAGACCCUGAAGAUACGUUUGUCCUGAUGGGAGCUGAUACUGCCCAUCAUGGUGGAGAGUUCAGACCAACUGAAUACCUUCCCAUUCCCAAGGACAUCACGCCGUCUCCCUACGUCGCUAAAUACGCUUCGGCUUGCCCCGGCCAUAUCUUUGAGUCGAUUCACCCGCGCAAGAAGGGAGCUGACCCUUUCUACCACCUUCACGAUGAAGUUCCACACAACAAACAACAAGCAGACCGUUCGUGUGAGCUGAUGCAGGAGUUCGACGCUGCGGACAAUGUUUUCGUCAUCAUUGCCCACGAUGCAACCUUGUUGGACUCACGGGUUGGAAUUGACUGGUACCCACAUGGAGACCUUAAGAACUGGAAGGCCAAAGACUCCGACAACAAAGCUCGCUGGCUGUUCUUGCAGGACUUUACACAAGCUUUGGAAUGA